UCAGGUCUUGAGCAUAAACUUACAUAAGUUCUAAAAAUGGGAAGAAUUUUUCUGGAUCAUAUUGGUGGCACUCGCCUGUUCUCCUGUGCAAACUGUGACACAAUCCUGACCAACCGUUCCGAGCUCAUCUCCACUCGUUUCACUGGGGCCACGGGAAGAGCCUUUCUUUUUAACAAGGUGGUAAACCUGCAGUACAGUGAAGUUCAGGACCGGGUCAUGCUCACUGGCCGCCACAUGGUUCGAGACGUGAGCUGCAAGAACUGCAACAGCAAACUGGGCUGGAUCUAUGAGUUUGCCACCGAGGACAGCCAGCGCUACAAGGAGGGCCGCGUCAUCCUGGAGAGGGCGCUGGUGCGGGAGAGCGAGGGCUUUGAGGAGCACGUUCCAUCCGACAACUCCUGAAGAGACUCUUUGCAGUUCUCUUCAACUGAAACUCGACAAUAAUAAAAUCAAAAAAAUCUGCUUACAUACACUGUCACCUUAGCAUCAGAGUCGGAUUCGUGGACUACGGAGUGGGAAAGAUUGUGAGAAUAUUUCAGAUGGAACCUUCCUUUCUAUAUUCCUUUUAUAUUUUACUUUCCCUCCAGCAGCUGUUUGUAGAAAGAAUGUUGUGCAGAUGCUGUAACUUUUUCUCUCUUGCAUUUACACCUGUUAGAUUUGAGAUUGUAUCUACAGAUACAGUGGGCUAAAAGGAAAGUAUUUGGGGGAUUUGUCUUUUGUUAGAGAGAAAUUCAGUGAGUUAUUUUUAGUUUGCACAAACUGAUGUCAGCAUAAGUUAUUUUAAAACUACAGAUGUUUUUUUAAAAAGUAUAUUCCAAUUUUUGGCUUACAUUUUAGUUAGAGUUGUUGUUUUGGGUUUUUUUACCCAGUCUUUUCACCUGAUUUGCUAGCUAAAGUAAAGAGAUCCGAAUUUGUGCCGAGUGCUAAAGGUUCAGUGUUGGUACAGCUUGGGCUGGCCCUUGUGCCAUAUUCUUGUUGAGGUUGAUUGGUAGCACAGAGCCCAUUAUUUCUUGUCAUUCUUGACCCAAAGAUGUCACCAUUCCUUGUUUGUUUGUGAAGUCCCAUUCACCAUGUAAACUGGUGUUGAUUGGAAACUAUUCUCGAAAUAGGGCAAAACUGCUUGGCUUUUUUUAACUUUAACUGAUGUAACUUAUAAGCCUAGUAAUAAUAUAAAAUAAUAGUUGUCUGUUCAGUCUUGCGUUGCUUACAGAUCAAGCUGUGUUUGUAAUGAUAGGGAUCCACUGAGAAACUACUGUUUCAGUAGUAAUUUUUUUUU